GAGAGAGAGAGAGAGAGAGAGAGAGAGAGAGAGAGAGUCUCACAAAAUUUAUGAACUUCCAAAAUUAUUCCAUCCUUAACUUUUCACAUCGGACGCACACGAAUCUUUUCGCCUAUAAAAUCUAAACGGACUGCGUCACAGCUUUGCGUAACACCAAUCGUGACAUACAUUGGAUACACACCGAUAGAAGAGAUAAGAACAUGCGGAGGUCUUUCGGCGGAGGCGGUGGUCGAGGCAGCGCCAGAGGUGGUGGCAUGCUCAGAACGGUUCAAAGGGCUAUACGGCCUGGCGGCGGCGGCCCACCUCCGGAUCCCUCUUCGCCUUCCGGCAUUGCCUCUGCCAAUUCAAGAAAAGCCAAACACUUGAAUGAAAAGUUGGUGUCCACCCCAAACACUGCUUUAACUCUUUCAUCUUCUACUUCCGGUGGGCCUAACAAUGAUGACAAUCACGCGCCGUCGACUUUUUCUUCACUGGUAAAUCUGCCGGUGUAUGCUGAUUCCGGUCCCGCAUGGGGGUCUUGUUCAUCACCUACUCGCAGUGAUGAUUUGGAGUGGGAGUGUUUGGAUGGUAGUGAAGAUUUUGUCUUUGGAACUGUUCCAUCCAGAGAUGAAGUGAACCAUGCAGUUUCUUCUCUUCAACAGGUGCUUGGAUCGUCUUAUUUUGAACAUUUUCCAAAGGAAAAGCUUAGUGAGGAUAUAGAGAAGGACGUAGACAAUGAAGAUAGCAGAACGAAGGGAUUCGAGGGGAUGAUUUCUUCAUCUGAGUCGGAGGUUGAUUGGUUUGAACCCUCACUGUCUGUAUACAAUUCAAGAAUGUUGCAGCGACCGUGUGGAUCAAGUAGAGUUUAUGAUGCCUUUCAUUUACUGCAGACUGAACCUUCUGUCCAGAGAAUGGUACUCUCUCUAUCAUCUGAUAGAGCAGUUUGGGAUGCUGUCUUGAACAAUGAUGCUGUUAAGGAGCUCAGGGGUUCAAUCUGUCGAGCUGAUGAAGAAGAUGAUAACAGAGAAAAGGAGUCUGAUGACUCCAAUCCAGUCAAGGAUGUUCUGAGUUGGGUUUUUGUGAAUGCCAAGGCAAAUAUCAUUCAACUGAUUGACAAGAUCACUAAAAUCUUCAAUGGAGUUUAUCAUCCUUCAAAUGAAGAGAAGAAAGGAAAUAUAGUUGAUCCUUUUGAGGAAAAGCUGAAAAGUUCUUUGUUUAUUUCGAUUAUCGUCCUCUUAAUUGUGGUCGUGACUCGAGCACAGAGUGCAUGAUCGUAAUUUGUCGACUUCAAUUAGUGGUUGCUCCACAGAGACCUUCAGAGUCGAAGUUUCCCCAUCUUUUCUCUUUAUUCUCUUGUGUUUAAGUUCAGUUGUUCUAUAUAAAAUGAAUAAAUGAGUUCUAUCUUAAUUCUGUAUAUUUACUCUUA